GGGGUCUCCUCCCCGGAGCUCCUGAGCCCUCCGCCGGCCGGGCCGGAGCGCGUAUCCGAACGCAGCGCCGGCAGCGUGGGGCCUCCUGCGGGAGUGCGGCCUCAUUCUGUAAUGGUGAGGGGCUUUUAGUGAAGUUGCGUGGUUUGGAUUUUGCAGUCAAAAUACUAAUACUGUCAUCUCCUGGUUAAACAUGAAGUCCUCACAAAACACCCACUACUUUGUCUGGAACACGUGUGGAUGUUAGGGGAUGCCUGCAGGGAGAGUUGGCAGCAGCUGUCCAGGAAUUCUUAUAUUGCACGGCACCUCCUUUAAUAUUCAUAAUUAAAAUGGCAAAAACAACUGAUCCUUCUGAGAAACUGAUCAUCCACUCCAAAGCUCACAAAGAUACCAUUCUAGCUAAUUUUGAGGAGCAAAGAAAAAAGGAUUUUCUUUGUGACAUUACUCUGAUAGUGGAGAAUGUGCAAUUCAGAGCCCACAAAGCUUUGCUGGCUGCCAGUAGUGAAUACUUCUCAAUGAUGUUUGUAAAUGAGGGUGAAAUAGGGCAGUCAGUUUACAUGUUGGAGGGAAUGGUUGCAGACACCUUUGGAGUUCUGCUAGAAUUUAUUUACACUGGUUGCCUCUGUGCCAGUGAGAAAAGCACAGAGCAAAUCCUGGCUACUGCCCAGCUGCUGAAAGUGACUGACUUGGUAUGGGCCUGUACAGACUACCUGGAAAGCCGCAGCCCAGGCUGUGCAUUGCCAGCUCCAGCUGAAAGCAUAGCCUCUGUUGUUGCAAGUGACAGGAAAAAUGAUGAUCCACCAAAGCGAAAACGGGGGCGACCAAGGAAAAUCAAGGUUGUCCAGGAAGAAGAAGAAUCAGGAGCAAAUUCUGCUGAAGAUGGGCAGCUGAGAGAAAACAACUCCAUGCAAAAUGAGCAAAAUUAUAUGAAAAAAGACACUGAAGUAGAAGAAACAGUUGCCAGUGAACAGGCUUCAGUGAGGAAAGAGGGAGAAGAAAUUGAACCUGCUUGUGGCUCAGAAGCUGCUGUUGAUCUGUCAGCUGAAAAAGAUGAAAACUGUGAUCCCAAAUCUGAAGAAAUACAGAGCACUCAGAGCCGUUACAGCAAACGUAGAAUAAGGAGGUCAAUCAAACUGAAAGAUUAUAAACUUCUUGGGGAUGAGGAUGAGAAAGGAUUGGCAAAGAGAACUGAUGGAAAAAGAAAACGUGCAGGUUCUGAAGCCCGCUGUAAAGACUGUGGCAAAGUAUUUAAGUACAGUCACUUCUUGGCUAUUCACCAGCGAAGCCAUACAGGGGAGCGUCCUUUUAAAUGCAGUGAGUGUGGCAAAGGCUUUUCCCAGAAGCAUUCUCUUCAAGUCCAUGAGCGAAUGCACACUGGGGAACGGCCGUACACGUGCACCAUUUGCAGUAAGGCUCUGACAACAAAGCAUUCUCUUCUGGAGCACAUGAGCCUACAUUCAGGGCAGAAGGCUUUUACCUGUGAUCAGUGUGGGAAAUACUUCAGCCAAAAGAGACAGCUCAAGAGCCACUAUCGACUACACACAGGCCGUUCACUGCCGGAAUGUAACCAGUGUCAGCGCAAAUUCAUGGAUGCAGCUCAGCUAAAGAAACAUCUAAGAACACAUACAGGUGAGAAGCCCUUCACUUGUGAGAUUUGUGGCAAAUCAUUUACAGCUAAAAGUUCACUUCAGACUCACAUUAGAAUUCACAGAGGAGAAAAGCCAUAUACUUGUGAUAUAUGUGGAAAAUCCUUCUCUGAUUCCAGUGCUAAGAGAAGACAUUGUAUCUUACACACAGGCAAAAAGCCUUUUGCCUGCCCAGAAUGUAGUUUGCAGUUUGCUCGUCUAGACAAUCUGAAGUCUCAUUUGAAAAUUCACAGCAAGGAAAAGCAGUUUCAGGAAGCCAGCACCGCCCCGAGCACCAACGCUCAUCCGGAAGAAGUGAGAAACAUUCUCCAGCUGCAGCAGUACCAACUUGCCACCUCGGGAGGGCAGGAAAUUCAGCUGCUGGUUACGGAUGCAGUACACAACAUCAACUUCAUGCCCAGCCACAAUCAAGGCAUCAGUAUUGUGACUGCAGAAAAUGCCCCCAGCAUGACGACAGAGCAGGCUGCGAACCUCGCACUCCUUUCACAGCCACCGCAGCAGCUGCAAAACUUGUUGCUUUCAGCUCAGCAGGAGCAAGCAGAACAAAUUCAAAGUAUCAAUGUGAUUGCAAACCAAAUAGAGGCUGCCCAACCUGAACAAAUGCAUGUCAUCACUCUUUCCAAGGAAGCACUAGAACAUCUCCAUGCUCAUCAAGGACAAAAUGAACAAAUCCACUUGGCGGGAUCUUCACAUCCAGCUCAGCACGUGCAGCUGGCUCAGGAAUCAAGUCAGCAGUCUCACUCUAGCCACGACACGGUUCCUUCCCAUCAAGUCAGUGAAGAACAUAAUCAAAGUGUACUUGUUCCGAAUCCCAUCAGCAGCCUCUGUCAGUAAAUGAGUCAUCUCGUGAGCAUCCUAUCCAGGGACAGGAUUUCUGAAAUGCUUGUUUGUCAGCAGAGGGCUAGGCCAGAGAAUGCUUCUCAUCCCGGCAGGGAUUACACAUGUCACACUUUUGUUUUUGCAACAUAAGCUAUCCAAAGAUGCAUUUCUUGGUGGUUUUUGGAUGAGUGACUCAGUUUCUUUAACUGUAUUUAUUUUAGACUAUUUUCUUUUUCUGGAUUGGUGUUUUUUUACCAUACUUAGUCUUCCACAAGUACCUCACAAGUAAUUAAUGUGUGGUUGUGUGCCUCAUACGCAUCUCUGCCUCCUGAACAGAUACUUUUCCCUUAUUUGCAUUUCUGAGUGACUCUCCAGAGAUGUUCAUCUUGCUGGUAGGAGAACAAUGUGUAGAAUAUCUGUGGAUCAGAAAGUACCACUUCUCUGACAAACUUAACGUUAUACCUGAGCUACUAUCAAGCUUAAGAUAACCAGUACUUUUUGCAAAGGCAACACCAUAUUUCUUAUGUUUAAUGAACUUUUUUUUUCUGCAGGUUAAUGUAUAAUUCUCUAUGUAAUCAUUCCCUGAAGUGCAUUAUGAGUUACUGACUACCAAAUUUAUUUGGUUUGGGUUGAAACUGUUGCAGCCUUUAACUGGCCCUGAAUCUUCCCUACUGUUUACUGUGUGCUGUACACAUCUUGCUCCUCAGAAACAUUUAAGCCAUUGCACUUGAAUAGUGGCAAUGAGAUGUGAUGGUUACACUGGAGAACUGAAACCCCACAAAUUCUGCUUUGUUAGUUCUACCACUCACUCUCUGUGUGACUGUGGGCAAGGUAGUUGACCUCAGUGCCUUGUUUCAUCAUCUAGUAAGUGGGGAUAGUGUUCACACACUCUGCCAAGCACUUUGAAGAGCUCUUGAGGUUGAAAGCAUUGUCUGUUGAAGUGCAAAACCCUCUACCUGACAGGAUUCUGUCUAAGCUUAGGAGCCACUGUAUAUGUAAAGUGUUAUUUUUUGUACUUUUUGAGAGAAGAAUAUAAUCUUACUUUAAUAUAUGUUAAGACUAGUAAUUGUUUAUGUGAGGAUUCAAACAAUGAAGAGCAUCACUUCAGAGCAUAACAAGUUACAUAAAUGGGGCACAUCACUUAAAGUUGUACAGCUAUUUUUGUUUACUAAAUUAGAUGUGUACAGAUUGUUUUCAAUGACUGACUGCUAACAAAGAAGAUUUGACAUUGUAAUAAAAUGCCUUGCCAAAAUACAUGCUUUCUGUUUUCAGGUUUGACUACUGGUAACACCUUUGCACUGGUAUGCUAAAAUCCAGAUAUAAUGCCACUGGUAUGUUAAAGUCCAGGUAAAAUGCCACUGUUACUUAAAAGAACAUGCUCAAUUGUCUCUUCAGCUUUAAAAUGUCAUACUUGUGAUUUACAUGGAUGUUUUAUGUUACAACAAACAAAAAAAAUCUAAAAAACUUGGUGAAUUUAAAAGCAAAAUUACCCAUAGUUUUUAUAAAAUCCCUUGUUCCAA